GUCUCCCCCAUUCACUUUCCAGACGAAAGUUGACGUAUAAAAGACUGACAAUGUUAGACCAUCUUCACAGAACUCCUUCGACAGUCUUCAGAAGUGCAGAACAACCACACAAACAAUCAAAAAUGAAACUGAUCAUCGCUCUCGCUUUCUUGGCCGUGGCCCUCGCCGCACCUCAAGGAGAUAAGAAGCCCAUCGAAAUUGUGUCAUCCAACAGCGAAAUGAACGCAGACGGCAGCUACUCAUUCGAUUUCGAGUCUGCCGAUGGGACCAAAGUGUCUGAGAGUGGCAACCAGAAACAAGUUGGUCCCAAACCGGAGGAUAUCGGGACCGUGUCCAAGGGCUCCUACUCGUUCACGACUCCCGACGGCGUCGUCCUCACCGUCAAUUGGGUGGCCGAUGAAAACGGAUUCCAGGCCACCGGCGACCACCUCCCCACUCCUCCACCCAUGCCCGAGCACGUCGUCAAGAUGCUCGCAGACCUCAAAGCCGCCGGAGUCCUGUAAAUAAUUUAAACCCGGAAUUGACACCACCAUUAUUCUGUACAUACGCGGUAUGUAGCCUAUACAUUUGACACCCAAAGUGCUUUCCAUUAUUUUGUGUGGAUAAUUCACAAGCAGUUGGGUUUGUAACAUAUACGCGACAGAUUGCGCAAAAAUACAACUUGUUUUCAAAUUUA